AUGGACAAAGCUCGUCUUUCCAGCUCUAAUGACAUCAUCAUGACCAGCUCAACAGGCGCCUACCAGCAGGAACCCCUGACUCCACCCAGACCCGCCCACCACCACUCCUCCUCCUCGUCCUCGCCCUCCUCUUCCUCCCCGCCCAUGAAGCCCAACCAGGUCGGCCAGGUCAUCCUGUACGGCGUUCCCAUCGUGUCCCUGGUCAUCGAUAACAACGAGAGACUUUGCCUGGCGCAGAUUUCCAACACGCUCCUCAAGAACUACAGCUACAAUGAGAUUCAUAACCGCCGCGUGGCGCUGGGCAUCACCUGCGUCCAGUGCACGCCGGUGCAGCUGGAGAUCCUCCGCCGGGCCGGCGCCAUGCCCAUCUCCUCACGCCGCUGUGGCAUGAUCACCAAGCGCGAGGCCGAGCGCCUGUGCAAGUCCUUCCUGGGAGAGAACGCGCCGCCCAAGCUGCCUGACAACUUCGCCUUCGACGUGUCACACGAAUGCGCCUGGGGUUGCCGAGGCAACUUCAUCCCUGCACGCUACAACAGCUCCAGGGCCAAAUGCAUCAAGUGCUCCUUCUGCAACAUGUACUUCUCCCCAAAUAAGUUCAUUUUCCAUUCCCACCGCACGCCCGACGCCAAGUACACCCAACCCGACGCCGCCAACUUCAACUCCUGGCGGCGACACCUCAAGCUCUCUGACAAGAUACCGCUCGACGAGUUGGUCUUCGCGUGGGAAGACGUGAAAGCCAUGUUCAACGGAGGCAGCCGGAAGAGAGCGCUUCCCUCCUCAUCCCACUGCUCCUCCAUGGGCUCGAUGAAGUCUCUCCAAGGCUCGGUGGGGCCUCACAUGAUGGGACCCGACAUGGGUCAGAAACGAGGGCGCUUCGAAGACGACGAUGACCUGGACGGAGAUCUGUCUCCUCGGAAGACGCAGCGCAGCUACCCGGUCAUCCCCGUCCCCAGCAAGAGCUUCGGCAUGCUGCAGAAGUUCCCUCCCACGUCUCUCUUCCCCUCGCCUUACCCCUUCCCAGCGUUUGGCCUCUGCCAGCAGAAGAAAGACGACAGUGACGUCUCCGCCGGGCAGAAAGCAGCAGGGUUGUCUGGUCUGUUGUGGCCCGGCCGCAAAGACACUUUCUAUCCUCCUUUCUGCAUGUUCUGGCCCCCGAGAGCCGCCGGAGGAAUCCCCGUCCCCACCUAUCUGCAGCCUCAGCCCAGCGCCCUCUCCUCCUUAGCAGACAACCCUUCUCUCCGACAGGCCUUCCUGGAUCUCUCAGAUCACAGUGAGCCCGGAGCUGUGGCCGGCGGUGGAAAUGGCCUCGGUGCCACCAUGGCCUCCGGCAGUGGGACCGCCGCACCACGGACGGGCCUGUUUGACCCGGACUGCACGACGGUGACCUCUGACCUUCGCCCGGUGACCUCAGAGGGCUGGCUCAAGCUUCUCGACAACCCGACCCUCCAAACCAGGAAGCCGAGCUACGGCUCUGCCUUCCGCCCGGUCAUCAAGGAUGCAGAGAGCAUUGCCAAACUUCACAGCACCGGCGGAGGAGUCACCGGGGCGGCCGAGGAGGACUUUGGGGUCGUGGUGGCCGGGUCGGAGCGCCACCAGCGGCUCUCGCCCACCAGCAGCUGUAGUUACGGGAGUGAAAGCGGGGGCGAAGCGGAUGUGGGGGACAGUGAGGAGGAGGGGGAGGUGGACGUGGAGUCGUCCAAGCAGGACGAGGAGGAGGAGGAGGAGGGGAGUUUCACCAGGAAGCCACCACAGACACAAACCAACCUGUACCUCCCCGUGCUGAGCGACAGCGCCGGAGAGGAGAGGGGGAAGGAGAGGGGGGGAGGCGCCGCGUACCCCAGCGCCUCCCCUCCCUCCUCCUCGGACCCCAUCCAGCAGGAGUCCCCCAGCUUGCCUGCGUCCCCUCCAGCCAGCCUGCCACUCUCCGGCUCCAACCCACCUCACCGGGAGGACCCCGCUUACAAAAACAUCCACAAAAACAGAGACGAGGGACUUCCUGCGUAUGCGACCAAAGACAACUCCAGCACAUCUGACGAAAACAAAGAGCAGAAUAGUUUCUUUGCACCAGAGAGCGAGACGUCAGCGCCGGACUACUGGAGGGAGAGCUCAGGCGAUCAGCGACAAGGUGCAUCGUCUCCCGUUCCACAAAAGAAGGACGUUGAGAACAUGGAGAAAGAAGAGCUUCAGAAGGUUUUGCUGGAGCAGAUCGACUUCAGGAGGAGACUGGAACAGGAGUUCCACGCCCUCAAGGGCACCUCGCCGUUUCCUGUCUUCCAUAACUUUCAAGACCAGAUGAAGCGAGAGCUCGCCUACAGAGAGGAGAUGGUCCAACAGCUACAGAUGAUUCCCUACGCAAACAUCAUCAGAAAAGAAAAGAUCAGCUCACAUCUCAACAAGUAG